AUACAUAAUUUUGUAAUGAACGUCAUUUUUAAUUUUUAUAUCUGCUGCGUAUAUAUAUGUGCACAUAUAUAGAUAAGUAUAUAUGUACUUAACAUACGUAUACGCUUUUAUUUUUUAAGCCUCCCCUUUUUCGCAUUUUGAAACUCCCCAGAGAGGAGCCAACUUGCGCUUACUGGGCCCUUUUGUGGAGCACUGCGUACAUUGAUAAUUGUAUGUAAGCAUUUGUACAUGUACCGUGCUGCGCGAGCCACCCAGCAAAUUCGAUACAGUAUUAAAAAAAAAAAAAUUCGCAGUUUUUACCCCUAAGGUAAAAAUCGGUACUCUAUUUUACCCAUUACGCUAUCGCCUUGUAUCUUCAAAACCGAAGCAACAAUGAGGAAAAACGCGCAAAUAGUAAUUUUCUGCCUGUUCGGAUUGCUGAGUUAUAGAUGCGGAGCUGAAGGAAACGUUAGCCCACCCAACUUUAAUGACAACAGGGUAAACGGCAACAAUGGAAAUAAAGGCAACGGAAAUGACAACGACGUGCCGUCGUUCAUUGGAGGAAACAAUAAUAACGUGAACGGCAAUAAUGAUGAUAACAUUUUUAAUAAAAAUGGAAAGGAUGUCACCCGAAAUGAUGGCGAUGCAAAGGAUGGAGAAAAUCGAAAUAACAAGAAAAACGAAAAUGGCAGUGGCUCCAAUGAGAAUAACUCCAUUGCAAAUGCGGACAAUGGUAGCGGCAAAUCUGAUGCGAAUGCCAACCAAAUUGAUGAGGAUGGAAAUAAAAUGGAUGAAGCAUCUUUAAAGAAAAUCCUCAAAAUUGUAGACGAAAUGGAAAAUAUUCAAGGACUGCUCGAUGGAGAUUACAGCAUUUUGGAUAAGUACAGUGUCAAAUUAGUUGAUGAAGAUGAUGGAGAAACGAAUAAAAGAAAAAUCAUUGGAGAAUAUGAUUUGAAAAUGUUAAAAAAUAUUUUAUUGUUCAGAGAAAAAAUUUCCCGAGUUUGUGAAAAUAAAUACAAUAAAAAUUUACCCGUCUUGUUAAAAAAAUGCUCAAAUGUGGAUGACCCCAAAUUGAGUAAAUCCAGGGAAAAAAUUAAAAAAGGAUUAGCAAAAAAUAAUAUGAGCAUUGAAGAUUUUGUGGUAGGUUUGUUGGAAGAUUUAUUUGAGAAAAUUAAUGAACAUUUUAUUAAAGACGAUUCAUUUGAUUUGAGUGACUAUUUAGCCGAUUUCGAGCUCAUCAAUUAUAUAAUUAUGCACGAAACGUCCGAAUUGAUCGAUGAGCUUUUGAACAUAAUAGAGUCCAUGAAUUUCAGAUUGGAAUCCGGAUCUUUGGAGAAAAUGGUUAAAUCUGCAGAAUCAGGAAUGAACUUAAAUUGCAAAAUGAAGGAAGACAUAAUUCACUUACUUAAGAAAUCCUCCGCCAAAUUUUUUAAAAUCGAAAUUGACAGAAAGACCAAGAUGAUAUACCCAGUGCAGGCUACACACAAAGGUGCCAACAUGAAACAACUCGCCCUGAGCUUCCUCCAGAAGAACAAUGUAUGUGAACAUAAAAAGUGCCCAUUGAACUCCAACUGCUAUGUUAUAAAUGGAGAGGAGGUCUGCAGAUGUCUACCCGGAUUUAGCGACGUCAAAAUUGAUAACGUGAUGAACUGCGUUAGGGAUGAUACCCUUGACUGUAGCAACAACAACGGUGGCUGUGAUGUGAACGCAACGUGUACCCUUAUAGACAAAAAAAUUGUGUGUGAAUGCAAGGACAACUUUGAGGGAGACGGAAUAUACUGCUCCUACAGCAUUUUCAACUCCAUCAACAAUUUCAUUUUCCUGAUCUUGUUGCUUUUGUGCCUGUACCUGUUCUAG